ACCUUUUGGUGCUUUCAUCACCUAUGUUACUGAGUCACAGAAGUACAGUACAACAGCUUUAGGGUGUAGCAUGACAUAGAGCUGGGCACGUCUAAUGUUUUAUGGGAUGGGCAUAGUGUUCAAAGUUUUAUUUUCUGUGGAGACACUAUGGACACCGACUAUUUCCAACACAAAGGGAUUUCCUUUGCUUCUCUGAUGUACUCGCCCGAAAGGCUGCAGUACCUGGAGAAAGAAUUUCAUGUUCGUGAUGAUGACGUCUACAUUGUUUCGUAUCCCAAGUCAGGAACCACAUGGAUGAUGGAAAUCUUGAGCCUUCUUUGUAAAAAUGGUGAUUUUACCUGGUGUCGUGAAGUCCCAAAUUUCAUGAGAAUCCCUUGGCUUGAUGUCAGUGGGCUUGGAGAAAAAUUAGUUGAUGAAUGUCAGUCCCCACGUUUUCUUGCAUCUCAUUUACCAAUACAGUGUUUUCCGAAGUCUUUAUCUUCUUCAAAGGCAAAGAUAAUCUACAUAGCUCGAAGCCCAAAAGAUGUCCUGGUGUCUCUUUAUCAUUUUGCUAAUAUGUCAUACCUCGUUAAAAAAUCUAACAGUUUUGAUGAAUUCAUGAAGGACUUCUUGCAGGGCAGAGUGCCAUUUGGCUCCUGGUUUGAUCACAUAAAAGGCUGGAUGCAGAUGAAAGACAACAAAAACUUCUUGUUUGUUACAUAUGAAGACCUAAGUCAGGACCACAGAGGAACUAUCAAGAAAAUUUGUACAUUCCUUGAAAAAGAGCUAGAAGAACAAGCUAUUGACUUAGUGGUGGAGCACUCCAGCUUCAAAAGCAUGAAAAACAACAGUAUGUCCAACAACAGUCUGGUUCCAGACUACGUCAUAGAUACUAAAAACAACAAUUUUAUGAGAAAAGGAAUCAUUGGUGACUGGAAGAACCAUUUCACACAGAAACAAAAGGAAUAUAUGGAUAUAAUUUACCAGCAGAAAAUGAAAGCUCUUGAUGUUAAAUUCAGCUGGGAUGAACACCUAUAAUGUGGAGUCAACUGCAAAAACUGCUUAGGGAAGAAUGAAAUAAAUUAAAUAA